AUGGCAUUCUUCACCCUUCCUCACGGCCGACUUCACACCGUAUACACUCUCGAAGGGAGGCAUACAAGUCAACGCUCAUCAGAACCUCCCUCAUCCCGUGCCAAAAGACCUGCUUAUGUCGCUCACCCGGCUAGUCAACUUGUAUGUAGACCGUUUGGAGAGUGCGAACCCUGCCCCAAAGAUCAGCUCUCCCAACCCUUCUGCAUGCCUUUCGGCAAUCGCCGCUUACUUCAUUGUAUUCCUAAAGACGACCAGCAUCGAGCACAAGGGACGACAGAUGGAUCACAGCCUGCGGGAGAGGUACCUGCUUGGGAAGCAUGUGGAAAGGUGGUGAAGAAGGAGCAACGAGACUUUUGGGAAUUUGUCACCACCAAUCUGCUCUUCCUCAUCGUAGCUCUCACCAUCCUUUGGGCUCGAACAUCGGCAUUGGCAACUGCACAGUAUAGACAGUUAGCGGCUCGCAUAGGUAUUCCGGGUGGUUCAUGGCGGACAUGA